AUGAAGCUGUUACAACCAAAACCGCGAUCUGCUGAAGUAUUACGAAAAUCAGAGGGUUCAAAAGAACAUAGUAAGGAGUCAACUAUACAAAAGAACAUACCAGGAUGUCGAAAGAACAAUGAGGAAUCACCCGUAUCACCAUCUAAGGCUAAGAUAGUGUAUAAAAUUCCAAAACAGUAUGUGAUAGCUGCACCAAAGAAGGGUGCAACGUCAUUAAUGCCUCCUAUGAAGCCACCGAUUAGGCCGACACAAAGAACUCCAAAAGAAAAGGAAGCAGUACUGCGACCAAAAUUAUCAAAUAAAAUGGGAUCAAUUGAAGGUGAAGGCAAGCCAAAAAGGGAAGAAUCAACACCAGGACAAGCGGAAGACCGUAGGAAGGACUCACCAGGUGCGGCUACGAAUGGACCAAGUUCAGCGGAGCCAACUGCACGAAAUGGAGGAGAUGAGAAAGAGGAGAAUGGCGAUUGA